AUGAGUGCACUAGGUAAAGUUCGCAUUGGCCAUAAGGCGCCAGACUUCCACUGCGAGGCCGUCAUGAAAGGCGUGAUCGAAGAAGUCAGCCUUAGCACCUACAUUCGUCCUUCCAUCAAGCCCGGAGAACCUAAUCACGACGCACCAUGGCUCAUCAUUCUCUUUAUCCCUGCGGCAUUCAGCUUCGUGUGCCCAACAGAGGUGCUGGCUUUCCAGAACUGCCUGGAUGAGUUCAAGGACCGUAAUUGUAGCGUCAUCUUCAUUUCCGUGGACACGAAACAUGCUCUAUGGCAUUGGCAAAAUGUUCCAAGGCAGUAUGGCGGCCUAGGGAUGAUCGAUAUCUCGUUGCUGAGUGAUGCAACACAUCGCAUAAGCCAGGACUAUGGGGUUUUGAUCGAGGAUGAAGGUAUUAGUUUACGGGGCAUGUUCAUCAUUGAUGGAGAGGGGAUUGUUCAGCAGAUUACACUCAACGCCCUUACCGUUGGUCGCAGCGUGUUGGAAGCUCUACGUCUUCUAGAGGCCUUUCAGGCUGUUGCCAAACACGGCGUUCUCUGUCCGAUCGACUGGAAGCCGAGUGGUGAUGCGGCAGAUACGCUCAACACCAUCUCUAACACGUUGACCGAGUCGUAUGAUGAGAGGCUUGCUAACCUGCAGAAAGAAUUUGGUAGCGUACAGGUCACAGAUCUCGACGCGAAGCAGAAGAGUGGAGGCUCUAUCGACGGCGAUUCCCAAGCCAACGAGAGCUAUCCAGAGGAGACAAUGCCAAAAUCAUCGACCGAACGUGUGCGCUCGGAUUCCAGAUCCCAAAGGCCUAUCAUCCAGGAGGUAAAGUUCCAGCAACUCCGUCGUCCAGCAGCGUCUGGCGUCACGCAACACUGCGAAUACGUACGAGAGCAGGCGUGGAAGCCAGGUCGUGCUGGAAUUCGCGGAUCCCACUGCUGCCAGUCCCAAGGGCAGUCCACAGCCUGCGUCGUUCCCCAAGGCUCCGGCGUUGACGAGGGCGGCAAGUUGGCAGUGUUCCACAGCGGCCAACGGGGGUGGGUGGAAGAGCCCUGGUACGCCGGGGCAGACGAGGCUGCAGCAGACAUUUGA